AUUUUCCAAGUUAGCUCAUGGUAAGUUCUCUUGCCUGAGGUAACAGGCUUGAGGUUCUUUUCACCAACGUUGUCAAUAUUACUUUCUUGCGCUGUACAUUUUUGUUCCGGCAUCUCAAGUCCGUCGUGAGAUUUGGGCACGGUCGCUACUGUGAGUGGCUGAUUAGCGGGACUGCGGGACUGCCUUUUUACCUAGCUCGCGACGAUGACUUCCUUCACACAACAUUCCCCAGCCCGGUAUGUCGCAAUGAAAGACAGCUGGAGCCACGGUGACGAUCGCAGAGACCGAGGUAGAGUUGAUCGAGGAGUAACACGUCCAAGAAGAUCGAGAUCGCCAGCUUCACGUCGCCUCGAGAGCGACAGGGAACCCAAGGCCAGAGAGCGCAGUCCGAUCAAGUCGAGGCCUCUCUCACAGCACGGCGGCGACAGACCUCGCGAGCGCAGUCGCGAUCGCAGACGGAGACAAUCCCGAUCACCUUUGAGGGACUCGAGGGAGGAAGUGCGGGAGAGGAAUAGAGGAAGGGAGCUGCUGGACACGCGAGGCUCUGACAGGCCAAAACGAAGUACCUACCACUCGCCAUCAUCAGCCAAACGCCGCAAGAGUCGAAGUUCUUCUCCAACACGAAGCCACCAUAAGAAAUCGAGGCGAGUUACAUCCCGCAGUCCUUCUCGACUGGACGCAGGCUCGGUCACGUCCUCCCGGCCAGACAAGAAGCGGCGGACUCUAUCCCCACUCCCACUGCCGUCUCGAAAACGAUCAUCAGAACGGAGGAGUUCAGAUAUUCGAGUUGAGGGGAAAUCUAAGCACCACCGUGAUUCUGGUGCAUUUGAGAGACGAGGACGUUCUCCCAGCCCGAAGCGCGGCGAGGCCUCGUCGCGGCGCCACGCUUCAGAGCAUCGAUACGAACAUAGCUCAAAGCACAGUCGAUCCCCCCCAAGGCAAUCCCCCAAACCCCGGCCGAGGUCUCCAUUCGAGAAGUCGAGGGAGAAGCCACCGAGAAGAGGCCACUCACCACAUAUAGACCGAAGAUCUCCUGAUAUCGAUCGGUACGAGCCAUCAAACCGCUCUCGCCAGCAGUCGCCACGAGCUCCCAGAAGCUCCGCUCCAUCUAGGGGGCAUUCCCCAAAGCGAGAGGGAGCAGGACGGCCGCCUCCCAGAGACGAGUAUCGACCUGGUCAUAAUCCGCAGUCAAAGAACGGACGCCAAUUAUCCUCAACAGCCUCGGGUGCAAAUAGCAUUGAGGUCAAGGGGGCAAGACCUUCCACAACUGCUUCUGGAGCAAACAGCAUUGAGGUCAAAUCUGAUAAGAUGGCCGGCAGGGGGUUCUAUGGAGGCCAGCAAGGUUACCACCCUAACAACCAGAUGCAAGCUGCUUUCCCCCUGAAGCCGCAGUAUAACCAAGGCCCGCAAGUCGAUCCGCGACAGUACUCUCAAUCUCCUCAGCAUCACAUGACACCCAACUCCUAUCAUGGAUCUCCUCAAGCACAGUCUCCCUAUUCUGCAGGAAGAGGCAAUUGGGGUGGGCAACAACAACAAUACUCACCUCAGCCACAAUACCCGCAAAAUUAUCAGCAGCAAUCGGGCUAUUCCGGUCCAAACGGGCCUCAGGGCCAUUACUACAAUAACCAGUCUCCCCCGUAUCAAGCUGCUCCGACAGGACCUAUGAAUCAGGGAUAUCAACAAAGCUUUCGUGGAAAUCAACGAGCAUUUCGAGGCAACCAUUUCAACCCACGGGGUGGUCGAGGUGACCAUCGAGGCGGUCGUGGCGGACAUUUUCAAAACCUUCACUGGAAUGCUAGUGGAGGCCCUACUGGGGCAGGUCGUGGACAGCACUCUGGGAACGUGACGCCGCAACACACUUCUCCCCCACAACCUUACCCGCCACAACCAGGGUCUCACGAGAGCACUCCCCAGUACAAUGGCCGAAAUGAGGAUGAAGAGGAUAACGAAGACCUAUUCAGACCAUCGAAAGAACUACAAGUUGAGGAUUCGGAAACAACCAAGAAGAAGGAAGAGGAGCAGAUGCCACCACCAAGCAGACCACCCCCGACUGGGCCACAAAGCCAGCAGAACUCGUCAAAGUUCAGCUUUGCCUUUAAAGGACCAUCUAAGGCUACUCCGACCCCACCAAAGCCGGAAAUUUCUUCAAAGCUAAAUGCAGGUCCAGCACGCAACGUACAAAUUAGCCCUGAUCGCCCUCGAGGUCCCAAUUCCCGAAACAUUCCAACGGAGCCGGCCUCUGCAAGACGACAAGAUUUCCGCGACCCGCCUCCUCCAACCACCCGAAAGGUCAGGAAGACGAUGAAACGACUGAAGGAACGCCCCCACCUUCCAGAUGAGUUUAAGAAAUCAGACUCGGUCUACUUCCGAAAACCCGGAAAUGAGUCUGUCGUUGGAUCUGGGACGUAUGGAAAGGUCUUCAAAGCUAUUCAUGUGUAUACCAAAAGCCUAGUGGCCUUAAAAAAGAUUCGCAUGGAAGGUGAACGAGACGGAUUUCCAGUCACGGCGGUGCGAGAAAUAAAGUUGCUUCAGUCACUGAAGCAUCACAAUAUCGUCAAUCUGCAAGAAGUCAUGGUCGAGAAAAACGAUUGCUUCAUGGUUUUCGAAUACCUCUCCCACGAUCUCACUGGGCUACUGAAUCACCCUACCUUCAAGCUCGAGCCUGCACACAAGAAGCAUCUUGCGAAGCAACUUUUUGAAGGUCUUGAUUAUCUUCACCGACGGGGUGUUCUUCAUCGCGACAUCAAAGCAGCAAACAUUCUUGUUAGCAAUGAAGGCCAGCUGAAGCUUGCUGACUUUGGCCUUGCUCGAUUUUACGCAAAGCGACGGCAGCUUGAUUAUACAAACCGAGUCAUCACCAUUUGGUACCGAUCGCCGGAGCUUCUGCUUGGUGAGACACAGUAUGGCCCAGCAGUGGAUAUUUGGAGCGCAGCCUGUGUGCUUGUGGAAAUUUUCACCCGACAUGCAAUCUUCCCUGGCGAUGGAAGCGAGAUCAGCCAGCUCGAGAAGAUCUACGCAAUACUUGGAACGCCGAAUAAGGUAGACUGGCCUGGUCUGGUGGACAUGGCUUGGUUCGAGCUUUUACGACCUUCAGCACGACGACCAAAUGUCUUUGCAGAGAAAUACAAAGAACGUGUGACUCCAGCUGCUUAUGAGCUUUUGGAUGCGAUGUUUCAAUACGAUCCUGCCAAGAGACCUUCAGCUUCUGAUGUUUUAGAGCACCCGUAUUUUACUACGGAGGAGCCGAAGCCAAGACAAGCUGUAGAACUUUCGAAGUUGGAAGGAGACUGGCACGAAUUCGAAUCGAAAGCGCUCCGAAAAGAGAACGAGCGAAAGGAUAAAGAAGCACGCCGACAAGCACAGAAAGAGGCUACCCUCAAAGCAGAAAAGGAGAAGAAACGUGGUCCUGAAGGAGAGGCGGCAGAACGGGACCCGAAACGCAUCGCUAUGGGCCCUCCUAGCCUACCAGUUUCGAAGGCUGAGACCGCUAGGUGAAAGCAGAACAUGAUAUGUCCAUGUAUGAGUAUUAUUGGGAGCGAAGAGCGUUAGCCAGGCAUUUAUGGAUGGAGCGUUUGAUCAUUAGGUACAAAGGAGUCGAGGGAGAGAAUGGAGUGAUAGAGGGUGAUGCACUUUCUCGGAAAUACAUGCAUUGUGGUUAUGAUGGUUGGCCUUUCUCAUCUGAUCUUGGCACCAUGUGAACGAGAAGCAUGGGGAUGUAAGAUACGAGAGGUCG